AUGGAACAGCAGCAGCAGCAGCAGCAGCAGCAGCUGCAACAGCAGCAACAGCAGCUGCAACAGCUCCAACAUUUGCAGCAACAACAGCAACAGCAGAAGCCUCAGCCUUCAUUGUUUCAGGAACCAGCAACUAGCAUAGUGCAGCAUCCUGGUGUCUCCUUUACUUCUUCUCCUUCGCCUCAUCCUCAUGGUGAGGCUGCUGCAUCGAUCCCAGUAGCAUAUCCUAUAGAUUAUAAGAGUUGGGCCGCUGCUGCUGCAACGCAGCUGCAGCAGCAGCAGUUACCUUCUCCUCCUUCAGCUGUACAUACACCCCAAGACUCCCCAUCGCGUGACGUGUGGGGUCCCCACAGUGUAUCUCCUGUAUAUUCUCCUGCUCUAGGGAGCGACUAUGCUGCGUGGCAGCAGCAGCCGGGUGCCCCUCAUGCUAGCCCUCGAGAUGGCCAGCAGCCGCAGCAGUUUUUGUUGCUGCAGCAGCAGCAGCAGCAACAACAGCAGCAACCAUCAGGGGAUUGUCCCAGUGGAGACAGCCCCCUCCCUCGCCCUAGUGCUCUAUCAAGCGAUAGUAUGAAUGUAAGCUUUGAUGCUGUGCUAGAACAAGUAUGUAGGCUGCUGCAUACAAACAGCGGGGGGACAGCAUCAUCAGCAUCAACUCCAAGAAAAACAUCUUUCGCAGACUGUCCCCUCGAUGGGCUUAUGCCUGCAGCAGCACAUAUAGCUGUGAAUGGCCAUAUGUGGACUGGUGAGGAGUUACCCUUUGCUGCUGCUAGUCCCACUGCUGCUGCUGCUGCUGCUGCUGCAGCAGCAGCAGAGGCAGCAGGAGUAGAUCCCACACAGCAACAACAACAACAACAGCAACAACAACAACAAAUACAGCAACAACAACAGCAACAACAGCAACAGCAACAGCAGCAACAACAGCAACAGCAGCAACAGCAACAAAGAUCCUCAGGCAGAUCAAGGACACAGGGGAGAACCAAAUACGGCCGUCCACACAAUCAGUCAGACCCCCUGGUACGCAGCAGCCCCACGGGGCUGUCUGAUGGCAGCAACUGGGCCUCUCUAGCACAGGCGUUGACGCAGGCGAAGCAGCUGCUGCACCGCCCGCAGCAGCAGCAGCAGCAGCAACUCGCGGAUGCAGCAGGAGCUGCUCAGGUGCAUGACUGCUUGGCUCGGCUUCAUGAGGCGGUGCUUCUACUGCAGCGGGAGAACCAGCAGCUACAGGCGCGUGUGCAGCAGCAGCAACAGCAACAGCAGCAGCAACAACAGCAACAACAGAUGCGGUUGCAAGCUCUACACCGGCUGCAUGCACCACCAUCAAAAGAAGGCGUGUCUAACUCUAGGGCUCAAUCAUUAAGCCCCUUCGGCACAGCAAGCGAAGUCAGUGCUUCUGCUGAUGGAUGCAACAGCAGCGGCUCCAGCGCCCCCCUAUGGAGGGCCCUUAGUGGCAGCGUUCUCCCUUGCCCUGAGGAGACACCUGAUGAGAUACGCAGCGCCCCCAACCCCUCCACGCCGCUUCUUAGGGGAGGAGAUGUCUCCGUUGAACAGUUUUUAAGCACGUUUCCGUUCUCCGCUUGUUCGCGCGAGUACAGCCAUUCGGUGUUGAAGUUUUGUGCUGACCACAACUUAGUGGUUAAGCUACUGGGGUUUCAAGGGAGGCGUGUUGAGCUGCUGGAGAGACAUCAUAGAUGCCGCAUACAGACAUCAGCACAAGCAGCUUCGUUCCCAGGGUAUCCUAAUGGGCGUUGUGUAUUGUUUGUAGGGGCCCUUAUCUCGUUGCUGCGUGCUAGUGCUGAUCUCUUCGCCGUAGCGGAUACAAGCAGGCCAGGCCUACGUCACAACCUAGAGGGGUAUAGGAUGUGUUUGGUGGUUCCUGGGGAGUAUGUGGGGCGUCUACUCCGCAGCAACUGUUCUGGAUUGCAUGCACUGCAAGAGGGAGGAGGCAAGACAGUACAUAUAGCGCUAGGGAAUCUCUGUGUCCUAAUGGGGGGAGGGUAUUCAGAGCGAGUGUUGUUGAUUGAUGGGGCCCUUGAUGGUGUGGCUAGGGUGCUGGAGAUGGCAGCAACACAGCUACAAGACUUCUUCCGCAGGAACCCAGGGCCCCCCGGGGGUGCAGCAGGAGCAGGAGGUACUCCUCUUAUCCAGCGAUAUGAAUUCCUUGAUUAUCCGAAACGAAUAGAUGUGCAGCUCUCCUAG